GCCAUAAGUCACACAUUGUAUUCAAAAUGAGCUCUGCUGAGACAGAAGGAUUUCUUAAACACUUGGCAGCCACUGUCCCCCCGCUUGAAGAACCUGAAGGAGGAAACCUCAUUAGCUACCAACAGCUAUGCGAGUCUGUGAGUUCAUACCUUAUAAGUCUUCGAGCUGAAAGCUUUGAACUACCGGUGGCAUUGAGACGGUCAGAGGAGAUGCUGCUGUACCAAGCGAGGCAGAUCACUGUUCUUGAGUUCUGGGGACUCUCUGCUCAUGCCGCUUUUCCUCCACCCCCAGAAUCCUCAGCAGCAAAAUAUCGAGCAACAGCACUGUAUCGCAUUAAGCUUCUGACAGGAAGGGAAGAUAAGGAGCCAGAGAGCAUUUCACCAUUGAAGCAAAUCGAACAAGCACCAAGCCCACAGAAAAUUCGCGAACCAACCACACCAGACGUUUCCGUUUCACCUUUUCGCAUAUCCUUCCGGAAGCCUCAAGCCUCGAUCAAAUCAAGAUCCUAUCGGAAACAAAAGCUCAGCCAUGAGGAUUCCGAAAUAGAGCAGCAGACAACUUCUCCCCAACUUCAAGAUUUGCAAAAGUCUCCUGCACUUCCGGCCGUAGCUCGGCAAUCAAGUACAACACCACAUCCGAGCUUUGCCAGCUGCAUAAGAAAAGAAGAUGACCAAUCCGCACGAGUGAAGACAAGCAGUGAUCCACAGAAAAUGGCAGUCAAUACAUCGCAACCCAUACCUCAUGUGCUGGAUGGUAACACUUACCCAGCUAACCCUUUGUCUAUUGUCACGGGAGCAGUUGAGAAUCAACAUACAGUGCCUCCAAUCUGGCCAAGUAUCAAGCUCCAAGACAGCUGGGAUCCCCUGACAGGAUUUCCAUCAGGUUCAUUCGUAUUCUCCACCAACAAAGCCUUCGCUCGAAUCAUUGGGCCUAUCACUCCGAGCGUGAAGGGUGAAAUAAUUGCAAAGGUCAACGACUUGUUUCCUCUUCUUCGUCUGAGAUGGGAACGAACCCCAAUGAAAGCCGAUGGAAGAAAAGACCUGGCUGUUUGGGUUGAGUUUGGGAUUGGAGUCUCGCGGACGGACCGCAAAGCUGUCGAACAGAGGGAUAUGAUGAUCGCAGGGCUACUUGAGUUCUAUCAAAGGGAUGUCUUAGGUGCGGAAGACUAUCUUCACACGUUUUUUAAACGGAAUAUAGAGCGGCUUCAAGCUUAA